ACAAUGUAAUUGUUGUCGUUUAGCAAAAUGUAUUCGUAUUGGUAUGGAUAGAAAAGCAAUACGUACUGAUGAUCAACGACUAGAAAGACUUCGAUUAAUUGAAACUAAUCGACAAAAACGAGCAGAACAAAAAGUUGAAGAUGAAAAAUCAUUAGCAACUAAUAAUAAACAAAUCAUCAUUCGUCCUAAUGGAUUAUUACGAUAUUCAAAAACUUAUUCUUUUUCUUUAUCAUCGUAUGAUUAUACUCUUCUUACAAAUAUAUUUCAUGAGUAUGAACGUGCAUGUGUACCACAUACUUAUAAAGAACAUUUAAAUAUGCCAGUUAAUGAAACAUUAACUUUACAUAAAUUUUUAAAUGCUUCUUCAAAUAUGUAUAUUGGAUUUAUAUCUUAUAUUAACUCUGUUCCAGAAUUUCGAUCUAUACCUGUUGAUGCUAAAAUGUUAUUAAUUAAAAAUAAUGUUCAACAAAUACUCCGAAAAAAUAGUACAUUAAUCAUGAAAACAAUAACUCCUGAACUUGAUAGAGAUUCACCUGUUUUCCUGCACAUAUUUCCAAAAGAUGUAUACAUGGGUAUGCGUGAUACUUCAAUAGCACUUUCUCCUUUUGUACAUGAUCCUAUGUUAAUGAAAUUAUUUCUCAUAACUCUUAUGUUAUCCAAAUAUUUAAAUGUAGAAUAUACCAAUUAUCAUAUUGAAUGUAAUGAUGAGAAUAUAACUCGAAAUAUAUUUGCUGCUCAAAAUAUUUAUGUUGAAUUAUUAUGGCGUUAUAUACUUUCACGUUGUGCUAAUUAUCAACAAUCUGUACAUUUCUUAACUUCACUUAUUACUCGUACAUUAUAUUCUCAAACUGUUCAAGUUAAAUUAAAUAAAUUUAUGAAUACAAUUAUUCCAACUCAAAAUCAUCAAUUAGAACCAAUUAUAAAAUCUUUAUGGAAUCCAUCGGAAGAAAAUUCUUGUUAA